UAAAGUCAGCGCACUAGGUUUCGAGACAGCCCCUGUAUCCACAUUAAUGCCAUCAUGAUCAGCCUGGAGCUGCGCUGAUCUGAGCUGUGAAACACACACACCGUACCCGUCACGGAUGGAGUGAUCAGCCCGCUGCCAUGCACUUCCACUCUCUCCCGUAGAUGUCACGGGCUGGCAUACGUGGAAACAGCACUCACUCCGCUUAUGAGAGCAGUUGCGACACGGAAUGACAUGAAACGAGCACCGCUAUUCACCGGAGCUAACUUUUUCCACACUACUGUUUUUUUCUCUCCCGAACGGCUAGGUUUCUAGCUGCUUGAGCUAACCGUACACCGGGCUGUUUUAAUGUAAUUAUCCACACGACUUCACCAUCGUGCUCAAGGAUCUUUCGGCUCAUGAGGCAUCGACGAACACACUCUCCACGUCUUAAAAACUGGGUUUUGAGGCCGACACCACCAAAAUGAAGAAACAGUUUAAUCGGAUGAGACAGCUCGCCAAUCAAACAGUUGGCAGAGCGGAGAAAACAGAGGUCCUCAGUGAUGACCUGUUACAGAUUGAGCGCCGUAUGGAGUUGGUGCGGGUCGUUUCGCACAACACACACAAAAGAAUGGCUGCGUGUUUGCAGGUGCAAAUAGGCACUGAUGCUGAGAAGAGACAUAAAAAGCUUCCACUAACAGCGCUGUCACAGGCCAUGCAGGAUGGCGGAAACCAGUUGGGGGAGGAGUCUCUGAUCGGAAAAAUGAUGGAGAUGUGCGGAGAUGCCGAGAACAGACUGGCCUCUGAAUUAAUGCAGCAUGAGGUGAACAUUGAAAAGGAAAUCUUAGACCCCCUCAAUCAGCUAGCAGAGGUGGACAUUCCUAACAUCCUGAAACAGAGGCGGCAGUUAGCCAAGCUGGUGCUGGACUAUGACUCUGCCCGAGCAAGGUGGUUGCAGGCAACCAAGUCCAUAAUCUCAGGAACAAACACACAAGCACUGACAGCCAAAGCAGACUCACUUAAAGAAGAAGUCGACGAAGCUAUGAACAAAAUGGAGCUGUGUAAGGAUCAACUUUCAGCAGACAUGUACAAUUUCUUCUCAAAGGAGGCAGACUAUGCCCGCUACUAUGUAAUGUUAUUAGAGGCACAAGCGGAUUAUCACCGAAAAUCUCUCACCUUGCUCGAGAGCGUCCUGCCAACCAUUCAAGCUCAACAAGACUCGUGGACUGAGAAGCCAGCGUUUGGAACGGCUUUGGACGAGCAUCUAAAACGCAGCAGCAGAGAGAUCGCAUUACCUAUAGAGGCCUGUGUCAUGAUGCUGCUGGAGACUGGAAUGAAAGAGGAGGGUCUUUUCAGAAUAGCUGCAGGAGCCUCUAAACUGAAGAAACUGAAGGCAGCUCUGGAUUGCUCCACUUCACAGCUGGAGGAGUUUUACUCCGACCCGCAUGCCGUUGCUGGGGCAUUAAAGUCGUAUCUCAGAGAGCUGCCUGAACCUUUGAUGACUUACCAGUUGUAUGAUGAAUGGAUACAGGCAUCCAAUGUCCCCGACCCAGACAAACGGUUACAAGCUUUGUGGGUUACCUGCGAUCAGUUACCAAAAAACAACAAGGCAAACUUGAGAUAUCUUGUUAAGUUCCUUGCUAAGCUUGCACAGGAAAGUGACGUUAACAAGAUGACCCCCAGCAAUAUUGCCAUUGUCCUUGGACCCAAUCUACUGUGGGCCAAAACCGAGGGGAGCCUAGCAGAAAUGGCUGCUGCAACCUCCGUGCAUGUGGUUACUAUAAUUGAACCCAUCAUUCAGCAUGCAGAUUGGUUCUUCCCUGAGGAUGUGGAUUUUAAUGUAUCCGGCAUGUUUUCUAUGCCUGCACCCCUGCCAAACAAUGUUAAUCACCUGACCCCACCGGAUUAUGAUUCGGGCACCAUAGAGAGGAAGAGACCUGGCAGCAUGGUGGGCCCAGAUGGUGAACUGCCCCGGAGAGACAGCUCUGCUAAUAAAUUAAUGGACCACAAUCCUCGUAGAGGCAAUACUGUACCUAGAAAGCAGCACGCUUCGCCUGCCUUCCAGCCCCCGCUGCCCCCGGUGGAGGCUGCAGGUAGUGCAGGGGGUCAGCCUAUGGCUGAACUCCUGCUCCAGCAGCCUGCGCAGGUGGGCCUGGGCUUAGAGAGCUGUCAGCCCGGGCUGGCGCUGGGGAUGGCCGCCCUGGCAGCAGCACAACAGCUUCUAGCUCAGCAUACUGAGGAGAUCAGUUCAAAGACCCGAGACCCUGCAUCCACUCCUCCAGCUCAGAGAAAUGGCACUGGAGGAUCAGGACAGCUGAGUGUGGGGACCCCUGUGGCUGGAUCUACAGGACCCAGUCCUCACAUGGCACGCAGAGGUACAAAGAAGCCGGCCCCAGCUCCUCCUAAACCAGCCAACCCUCCACCAGGCCAACCAGCCAAUCAGUCAGUACCGCAAACGUCUUUAGGCACCUCUCAGUCCCUCAGCCCCUCCCCUAGACCACUUUCUAGUUACUCUCCAACCAAUCUGAGCCCCACACAACCACAGGCUCAAACUAACACGACCCCUCGACGCCACUCAAGCAACCAGCCUCCUAUUCAGGCACCCAACCAUCCGCCCCCACAGCCUCCCACGCAGGCCACGCCCCCUCCCCAGCCCACUGCUCCAGCUGACCCCGGAGAAGACCCCUCCCCUCCCAGCACUCCCACGCCACCGAGCACCCCUCCGCCCACAGCAGUGUUUCACGACAGUCCCAGUCCCACCGCUCCCCCAGUGUUCCAGUCAGGAUCACUUCCUCGCCCGAGGCCUGUGCCUAAACCACGUAACAGACCUACUGUUCCCCCUCCGCCCCAGCCUCCAGCCACAGGAAGCGACAGCAAUGGAAUUUGCAGUGCUGCCUUCAAAACAAUGGAUCCGGUGACGACAUUUAAACCACUGGCUCGAGCUCUUGUUCCUGAUAUCGCCAUUGAGAGGCCUGUUACCCAACUCAAGGACACAGACCUCGACACAGAGAGCACCGUCCUGUAAAAAUGGCCUUGACCCCAACACCCUUUCCCUUAACCAAAGGUUUGCUAAAGGGCUGCUCUUCUCACCAUUACCAAAGUGUUUAUCAUCUUGGCUGUACUCCUCGAAUGGCCUACGCUUAAGACAAUCAACAAUCCCAGUGGCACCAGGGAAACAGAUGCCCCAA